AUGUCGUCUCCAAAGCUUCUGCAGGGAUCAUUCUCCCACAUCAUCAACGGCAAGUCCUACGAUGCCAAGGGUGCGAAGACCUUGGAUGUCAUCAACCCCGCGACCGAGAAGGCGGUUGCUUCAGUCCCCAUUGCAACCCGCGAGGUACUCGACGAAGCCGUCGAACAUGCGGCGAAGGCAUUCCAGUCAUGGUCGAAGACGAGCUGGGCGGAGCGUGCAAAGGCUAUUCAGGCUGUAGGCAAGGAAUACAAGAGCCUCACCGCAGACCUCGCCGAUCUGCUCGUGCUUGAGCAAGGCAAGGCCAAACCAUUUGCGCAGGGCGAGGUCGACCUCGUCAAUGAGUGGUUCGAGCGUAUGCCAAACAUGGAGAUCAAAGAGAAGGUCGUAUGGGAGAGCGAUGAGACCAAGGCCAUUGAGCAGUAUGUCCCACUGGGUGUCACUGCUGGCAUCGUGCCAUGGAACUUCCCCGUGCUUCUGAUGAUCUGGAAGAUCAUUCCGGCUGUCCUCACGGGAAACACAAUCAUUAUCAAGCCUUCACCUUUCACACCUCUGUGCGACGUCAGAUGUGUUGAGCUGUUCAACAAGCACUUGCCACCAGGUGUUGUGUCGAUUGUGUUGGGAGAUGACAGUCUGGGUCCUUGGGUCACCGAGCACCCCAAGAUCCGCAAGAUCUCCUUCACUGGCAGCACAGCAACAGGUCGUCUCGUAGCCAAGAGCUGCUCUGCGACCUUGAAGCGCGUCACACUAGAGCUCGGAGGCAACGAUCCUUGCAUCAUCCUGCCAGAUGUUGAUGUGGAGAAGGUCGCACCAACCGUCUUGCUCAGCGCUUUCUUCAACUCCGGCCAAGUGUGCCACGCUGCCAAGCGUCUCUACGUCCACGAAGAUGUGUACGACAAGCUAUCGAAGGCGCUGGUCGAGGCGGCCAAGCAAUCGGGCGUAGGACCCGGUCAGGACGAGGGCAUCAUGUAUGGCCCGUUGAACAACAGACAGGUCUACGAGAAGGUUAGCGAGUUCUUUGCCGACUCGCAGAAGAAUGGCCAUGACUUCCUGACUGGUGGCAAGAUCCCUGAAGGCCCAGGUUUCUUCGCACCACUGACUCUCGUCAACAACCCUCCUGAGAGCAGCCGUCUUGUGCAAGAAGAGCCUUUCGGACCAAUCGUCCCAUUGCUCAAGUGGAACAAUGACGAUGACGUGAUCAAGCGCGUCAACGACUCACCCUGGGGCCUGGGUGCCACCAUCUACGGCAAGGACUUGGCUCGUGUCGAGAAGCUGGCACGUCAAGUCGACUCUGGUGUUGUCUGGACAAACACGAUGAUGCAGCAGCAUCCGGAAGUCCCAUUUGGCGGCUUCAAGGGAAGCGGUGUCGGCUGUGAGAAUGGCGAGGCAGGGCUCAAGGGCUGGUGCCAGGUGCGCAGCAUCUAUUUGGCCAAGGCAUAG